GUGCCCACUCUUCAAGAGACUGAAGAGAAACAGGAAAGUGUUGCCUUCACCGACAGCUAUGACAUAGCUACUAAUCGUUUUAAAAAUAUGAUCGAUGAGCAUGUUUCCAGUCUAACUAUUACUCUGGUGGAGAUCCAGGAAACUGAAAGAUUGACUAGGGGGCAAGCCAAGAACAACCUAUGGUUUGAAAAAAGGAGAACUGUAUUGACAGCCUCAAAUUUUGGAAAUGCUGCCAAAACAAGAGUGGAACCUUCAAAUAAAUUGAAAGCUGGCAUGACUGUUGAUGAAGCUUGCAAAGAAAAGAAUUUUUGUUUGGAGAAACUGGCUGAUGGGUCUGUACAACUUAAAAGGAACCACAACUACUUUUGUCAAGUUCAAGGUCAGCUGUACUGUUCCAUUAUACCCCUUGAAGGAAUAAUUUUUGUAGUGUACUUUGGAGAAAACAUGCCACUGUUUAUUGAAAAAAUCCACUUUCAAAACAGCAAAUGGUAUGAUGAAUUGUUGCCAAAGAUUGAUUAU